AUGUUAGGUCUGGGGAGCCUUCGAUUGAAAAGCCGGCCAUCCUUGCUCACGCUGAUUAGAGGACGCGAGCUUGAGCGUGCGCCAACAUCUCCACCGCCUGAGCUGCCACCGCUUCCAGACUCGCCCGCUCCAACCAUCUCGACCACGACUACGACCACGACCACCUCCGUCUCUCCCGUUUCCUCCCCUUCAGUUACUACCACGACUUCUACGAUGGCUUCGGACGACACUCAUGAGCAUGGCUCGAUUUUCUCGGUCUCUGGACCUGUCGUCGUGGCCGAACAAAUGAUCGGUUGUGCCAUGUACGAGUUGUGUCACGUUGGAAAUGAUUUACUUGUUGGUGAAGUUAUUCGAAUUGACGGAGAUAAAGCUACAAUUCAGGUUUAUGAGGAAACUGCUGGUUUGAAAGUUGGUGAUCCCGUUACUCGAACGGGCAAGCCCCUCUCCGUCGAGCUUGGUCCCGGUUUGAUGGAAACUAUUUACGAUGGAAUUCAACGACCCCUCCGCGCCAUCUCCGAUAAGUCCGGAAGUAUCUACAUUCCUCGCGGUAUUUCUGUCAAUGCGCUGGACCGUGAGAAGAAGUGGGAUUACAAGCCCGCUGGCUUCAAGGUUGGCGACCACAUUACUGGUGGUGAUAUCUGGGGUACUGUCUUUGAGAACAGUCUGGUGAAUGACCACAAGAUUCUCCUGCCCCCACGUGCUCGUGGUACUAUUACAAAGAUUUCUCCUGCUGGUAGCUUCACCGUUGAGGAGAAGCUGCUUGAGGUUGAAUUCGAGGGAAAGAAGACCGAGUAUGGAAUGAUGCAGACUUGGCCCGUUCGUGCGCCUCGCCCCGUUAGCGACAGACUGUCUGCCGACGCACCUUUUAUUGUUGGCCAGCGUGUGCUGGAUGCUCUUUUCCCCAGUGUUCAGGGUGGUACUGUCUGUAUUCCUGGUGCUUUCGGAUGUGGUAAGACUGUCAUUUCUCAGUCUGUGUCCAAGUUCUCCAACAGUGAUAUCAUUGUUUAUGUUGGUUGCGGUGAGCGUGGUAACGAGAUGGCUGAAGUUUUGAUGGAUUUCCCCGAGCUCUCUAUUAACGUUGAAGGUCGCGAAGAGCCUAUUAUGAAGCGUACUUGUCUGAUCGCCAACACCUCCAACAUGCCCGUCGCUGCCCGUGAAGCUUCCAUUUAUACCGGUAUUACCAUCGCCGAGUACUUCCGUGACCAGGGUAAGGACGUCGCCAUGAUGGCUGAUUCCAGUUCCCGUUGGGCCGAGGCUCUGCGUGAGAUUUCAGGUCGUCUGGGUGAGAUGCCUGCUGACCAGGGUUUCCCUGCCUACCUUGGUGCUAAGCUGGCUUCCUUCUACGAGCGUGCUGGUAAGUCCAGUGCUCUCGGUAGCCCUGAGCGUGAGGGAAGUGUCAGCAUCGUAGGUGCUGUCUCCCCUCCUGGAGGUGAUUUCUCCGAUCCCGUCACCAGCAGUACCCUGGGUAUUGUCCAGGUCUUCUGGGGUCUUGAUAAGAAGCUUGCUCAACGUAAGCACUUCCCCUCUGUCAACACUUCCAUCUCCUACAGCAAGUACAACUCCGUCCUGGACAAGUACUACGAGAAGCACAACCCCGAAUUCCCUCGUCUGCGUGACCACAUUCGUGAACUGUUGUCCAAGUCCGAGGAUCUUGACCAGGUCGUGCAACUGGUCGGUAAGGCCGCUCUCGGUGACUCCGACAAGAUUAUUCUGGAUGUUGCUGCUAUGGUUAAGGAGGAUUUCCUCCAGCAGAACGGUUACAGUGACUACGAUCAGUUCUGCCCCCUGUGGAAGACUGAGUAUAUGAUGAAGGCAUUCAUGGGCUUCCACGACGAGGCUCAGAAGGCUAUUGCCCAGGGCCAGCAAUGGAGCAAGGUACGCGAGGCCACAAAGGAUAUCCAAAGCUCACUGCGAAGCAUGAAGUUCGAGGUGCCGAAGGACGAGCAGGAGGUUUCCGCCAAGUACGAGAAGAUCCUGCAGUCUAUGUCGGACCGAUUUGCUUCUGUCUCGGACGAGUAA